CUGAAAGCCUGAAGAGCAGAUCUGAGAGAGAGAGACAGAGAGAGAGACGCUCAUAUGAGGCAGAGCAGAUAAACUCCAGCAGUCUGUCUGUCUGUCUGUCUGCAGGAUUUCUCUUCUCCUCCAGGUUUUGUGGGGAUCUUCAGGUCCAGGUGCGACACACACACGCCUCGCGAGCGCCGCGCGGUCCGGUGCAGCUGAGGAUGAUGAAGAUGAAGAUGAUGAUGAAGACUCACCGGAUCACCGGAGUCGCGCCGCUGAUCGUUUUAUUGCUGCUGCACGCGACACGAGCAGCCAAUCACAUCGAUGUGCUGAAGAUUCUGGACCUAUCAGAUUCCAUGGAGGGCGUGUCCUUGGAGGCGGGGCUGUGCACAAGUAGGCGGGGCUCAGAGGAGGCGGAUCUCGCUUAUAAGAUUGAGAAGAAAAUUCAAGUUAGUGUUCCGACCAAUCAGCUCUUCCCAGACGCUGCGUUCCCGGAGGAUUUCUCGGUGCUGGUGACGGUCCGAGCGCGGCGCGGCGCUCAGUGUUUUCUGCUGUCGGUGUAUGACAGCGAGGGAGUGCAGCAGCUGGGCCUGGAGCUCGGACGCUCGCCCGUCUUCCUCUAUGAGGACCACAACGGCCAGCCGACCCCUGACCUCUACCCCAUCUUCAAGAAGAUCAACCUCGCCGACGGCAAGUGGCACAGAGUGGCCUACAGCGUGGAAGGUCAGAAGGUCACGCUGUACCUGGACUGUCAGAAAGUGGCGACCCUUGACCUCCCCAGAGGCCCCGAGCCUAAGGUCAGCACAGACGGAGUGACGGUGUUCGGGACGAGACUCCUGGAUGAAGAAGUGUUUGAGGGUGAGAUCCAGCAGCUGUUAAUCGCUCCAGACCCCAGAGCUGCUGCCGAUUACUGCCACACCCACAUUCCUGACUGUGACUCCGCCCUCACCUACAACAGCCUAUCACUGGACCCCGUGGAGGUCAAGAAGCCGCCGAGGAAGCCAAUCGAAGAGGAGUUCGACGAUGACCUUUACAAUGACCUUUACAGUGACCUGUCGGUGUCGACUGCGGGAGACAACGUCACCGAGUACGAGAUGGUGGAGUACGAGGACACUGAGAACGAGACGGAGUAUUUUAAGGAGUACACAGAGUAUCAGGAGUAUGAGGAUUACGAGUACCGUCCGGCGGAGAGACAGGAGCAGUUCUUCAGCGGUCAGGCUCUCGGUCCAGAGAAGGGUCAGAAGGGCGAGCCGGCGCUGCUGGGGGAGGGGACGCUGAUCGUGGGACCCACAGGCCUGCCUGGUGCUGAGGGGCCGCCGGGUGAGCCCGGCCCUAUGGGACCCCCGGGGCCGAUCGGAGAUCCAGGAGACCCGGGUCCCGAGGGCCGACAAGGACUUGCAGGGGCCAAUGGGAUACCUGGACCUCCAGGGAACCUGCUGAUGCUGCCGUUUCAGUCUGGCGGUGAUGCUCGUCACGGUCCUGUCAUAUCCGCUCAAGAAGCUCAAGCUCAAGCCAUCCUGCAGCACACUAAGCUCUCUCUGAAAGGCCCGCCGGGACCGUUAGGACUGACCGGACGCCCCGGACCUCUGGGGUCUCCGGGCCCGCGGGGUCUGAAGGGCGAUCAUGGGUUCACAGGACCUCCGGGUCCUCGUGGGUCGCUGGGGGCUCCAGGAUUCAAUGGUAAACCAGGCAAGAGGGGCCGUGGUGGGAUCGACGGAGCCAGAGGUGAACCAGGAGAGACUGGAACUAAAGGUGACAGAGGGUUUGACGGGUUACCGGGUCUGCCUGGAAACAAGGGUCACCGGGGAGAUCAAGGGAAGAAGGGGCCAGUCGGUCCUCCAGGAGGCCCUGGAGAGAAAGGUUCAGAUGGUCAGCCGGGGCCCAGAGGUCAGCCAGGAGAGCCUGGUCUAGCAGGGUUGACGGGUCAGAGAGGUCUUCCUGGUCCUCCAGGACAGCAGGGUAUUCGUGGGGUUGAUGGAGUUCAGGGUUCAAAGGGAAACAUGGGGCCGCCUGGAGAACCUGGAGCUCCAGGACAGCAGGGGAACCCGGGUUUCCAGGGUUUUCCUGGACCUCAGGGACUAGUCGGAUUACCAGGAGAAAAGGGUCCUCAGGGGAAGAAGGGAAUGAAGGGCUUACCUGGUGUCGACGGCCCACCGGGUCAUCCAGGACGAGAGGGGUCGCCUGGAGAGAAAGGCCUGCCGGGUGCAGCAGGUGUUCAGGGGCCUGUGGGAUAUCCUGGACCCAGAGGAGUCAAAGGUGCUGAUGGGCUCAGAGGACUGAAGGGCAGUAAAGGAGAGAAGGGUGAAGAUGGUUUCCCAGGAGCCAAAGGAGAAAUGGGAGCUAAAGGAGACACUGGAGACUCGGGUGCUCUAGGGAUGCGCGGUGAGGACGGUCCCGAGGGCCCCAAAGGGCAGAGUGGUCCCUUGGGUGAACAUGGACCCGCAGGCAUCGCUGGAGAAAAGGGAAAGCUGGGUGUUCCAGGUUUGCCAGGUUACCCAGGCCGUCAGGGCCUGAAGGGUGGUGAUGGUUUUCCAGGUCCUGUCGGCGUUCCAGGAGAAAAGGGGAAGAAGGGUCCACCGGGUCCUGCAGGGGCCGCCGGUCAGAGGGGACCCAAUGGUGCUCGUGGAGGCAGGGGUGCAAGAGGACCCACUGGGAAAUCAGGAGACAAGGGGUCUUCAGGACAUGAUGGCCCUCCAGGGCCCACAGGAGAGAGAGGACCACAAGGGCAUCAGGGACGUGUAGGUGAGGUGGGACCCAAGGGACCCAACGGGCCUGCUGGGAAGGACGGCCUGCCGGGUCAUCCAGGCCAGCGGGGGGAGCCGGGUUUCCAAGGCAAGACGGGUCCUCCAGGACCAGCUGGUGUCGUCGGGCCGCAGGGUAAUUCAGGAGAAACUGGACCGAUGGGGGAGAGAGGACACCCGGGAACCGCAGGACCUGCUGGAGAGCAAGGUUUACCUGGAGCCGCUGGGAAGGAGGGUGCAAAGGGCGACCCUGGAGGUCCAGGUACUUCAGGAAAGAGCGGCCCAGCAGGUCUGAAAGGGUUCCGUGGAAGUCGUGGAGCGCCGGGUGCCAUGGGGCCAGUUGGAUUAAAGGGAGGGGCGGGGCCAAUCGGGCCCCCUGGACCUUCUGGGCCCACAGGUGAACGGGGCCCCCCUGGACUGGCUGGUGCCAUUGGUCAGCCUGGUCGAACUGGAACCAUCGGUGGGCCUGGACCAAUGGGAGAGAAGGGAGAGCCAGGAGAUAAAGGUCUGAUCGGACCCGCAGGACAGGAUGGUGACCAGGGGCCCGUUGGAUUACCAGGAGCUGCUGGCCCUCCAGGACCCCCAGGAGAGGAUGGAGACAAGGGAGAAACAGGGGCUCCAGGGCAGAAAGGCAGCAAAGGAGACAAAGGAGAAUCAGGGCCUCCAGGACCAGCCGGCACUCAGGGGCCAGAGGGGCAGCCGGGAGCACCGGGUGUGGACGGUGAGCCCGGUCCUCCAGGACAGCAGGGCAUGUAUGGACAGAAGGGAGAUGAGGGCCUCAGAGGAUUCAAGGGCUCCAGGGGCCCGGGGGGGCUACAGGGGAUGCCCGGUACUCCAGGAGAAAAAGGAGAGAGCGGGAACUCUGGUCUACUGGGUCCUCCUGGUCAGUUUGGGCCCAGAGGAGCUCAGGGACCCUCUGGUGGACAGGGUCCUCCUGGCCGUCCUGGAGUACGUGGUCAGCCUGGUGGAGUCGGUGAGAAGGGUGAAGAUGGAGAGUCUGGUGAUCCUGGACCUGUUGGUGUUCCUGGCAGUGCGGGCGAGAAAGGUGAGCAGGGUGAGAAAGGAGACACAGGACCACCCGGAGCUGCAGGUUCCCCGGGAGCCAGAGGAGCAUCUGGGGAAGACGGAUCAAAGGGGAACGCGGGUCCUAUUGGUUUUCCUGGAGAUAUGGGUGCUCCUGGAGAGGCAGGUGUUAACGGUAUCGAUGGGACUCCUGGAUCUAAAGGAGACAAUGGCGAUCCAGGCAAAUCGGGCCCUCCAGGACCCUCUGGAGAACCAGGACCACCAGGAAGACCAGGACGCAGGGGUCACUUGGGUCCUCCUGGAAAAGAGGGGCGGCCGGGGCUGAAGGGCAACAAGGGAGCUCCAGGAUACGAAGGCAUCAUGGGAAAGACAGGGCCGGUGGGCGGUCAGGGGAACCCAGGGAAAGCAGGACUUCAGGGGCUUCCAGGAAUCCCUGGACCAGCGGGAGAACAAGGGCUGAAUGGACCCCCAGGUCAAACGGGACCCCCGGGGCCGAUGGGUCCCGCUGGACUGGCAGGACUGAAGGGAGAUUCGGGCAAGAAAGGAGAGAAGGGUCAUGGCGGUCUGAUCGGUUUGAUUGGGCCGCCAGGUGAGUUCGGAGAGAAAGGUGAUCGAGGACUGCCGGGAAACCAGGGGCCGCAGGGAGCCAAAGGAGACGAGGGACCAGUCGGACCUCCAGGACUCAGUGGACCACCGGGAUUACCAGGACUGUCUGGAUCCAUGGGACAGAAAGGGUCUAAAGGAAACCAGGGCCCCAUUGGACCCAGAGGAGAUCCUGGUCCUGCUGGACACCCUGGUCCCCCGGGUCUUCCUGCGGUGGGAAUGGUGGCUCCUCCGGCGCUGGAUGGCCGAGGGAAGCGGAGGAGACAUUCAGAUGUGGAUGGAGCGGCGAUGGAGGACGGACAGAUGCAGGACGAGGAGGCUCCGGGGGAGGAGAAGGACAUGGAGGAGGUGUUUGCGUCUCUGGUCUCCAUGAGGACGGAUGUGGAGGGACUCCGAACACCACUGGGCACCUACCACAGUCCUGCCCGCACCUGCAAAGAGCUGUGGAUGUGCCACCCCGAGUAUCCCGACGGAGUUUACUGGAUUGACCCCAACCAGGGAUGCCACAGAGAUGCGUUUAAAGUGUUCUGCAACUUUACAGCAGAAGGUGAAACAUGUCUCCAGCCGCACAGCAGCGUACAGACGGUCAAAAUGGCUUCGUGGAGCAGAGAGAAACCAGGAACCUGGUUCAGCCAGUUUAAGAAGGGCUCACAGUUCUCUUAUGUGGAUGUGGAUGGAAACCCCGUUCACAUCGUGCAGCUGGGCUUCCUGAAGCUCUUGAGCGCCACGGCUCACCAGAGCUUCACUUACGUGUGUCAGAACUCGGCCGGCUGGUUCGACAGCACCUCCUUCAGCUACAGACACGCGCUGCGCUUCAGAGGCAGCAACGGAGAGGAGCUGACGCAGCAGAACGCACAUUACAUCCAGCCCACGAUCGACGGCUGUCAGUCGCGCUCGGGGCAGGACCGCACCGUUCUGGAGGUGGACUCUGCGCAGUCGGACGCUCUGCCGCUCGUGGACGUGGCCGUGACAGAUUUCGGGAGCGCGAAACAGAAGUUUGGCUUCAGCGUGGGGAAGGUUUGCUUCAACGGCUAGUCAAGAACAGACUUUGACAGUGUAUAUAUUUAUACAUCAGUCCUUCAGCUGCUUGCGUUUGUCUGAGAACAGGAAGUGGUGCUUGAAGGGCGAUCAUGUGACAUGAUGACACCCAUCCGGACGCUCUUGUGUUUGGAUGUUUACAGAGAUCAGACCUCACGGAGAUUCACAGUUAUUUUGUAUUAUUGUUUGAAAGAUGUCGAUGUAUUUUUGUAUUUGUUUGUAUGAAUGUUUCGUAAUCUUGGUGCUACAUGAGGCUGUAUUUUAACUUGUUUACAUGAUGUAAUGAGCUCUAUGUCAAACUGGCAGUGCAUUCUGGGAAAAGAUAUCGCCGCAGCUCCAUCCAGCGGGUCAGGAGUCGUACAGGAUGAGGAUUUAGAUGUCCAUCGGAUUGUUUUUAGUGUUCAAUAUGGAUAGAGAUGUUCUGACUGUGGUUUUGAUAAGUACUGUUUGAGAGGAGAGAUUUAUAAAUAAAAGUAUUACUUAAUAAAAGCACCCGGUUUAGAACGCAUGAUUUACACUGAUUCACACAGACCAGCUCAAGAUUUUAGCGAAUGAAUCAGCAUGUGUGAUUCAUCUGAUAGAAAGGGCAAUUAAAUAUAUCUAGUUUUAUAAAAUGUGCUUUUAUGUGAGUUUCUUAUGAAAACACAUCCAGGUCAAAUUUUUAAAUAUUAUUUAAUAAAGUGUUAUUUUCACAUUACUUUCAUGCCAGUUAAACACAUUUACUCCUCAAA